AUGGAGAAAGUGACAUUUCAGGCUGAAAUUACUAGACACCUCCAGGAAGUAGAGAAGGUAAAAGAAACCCAGGGAGAAGAACUGCCCUCAGACCAGUGUGUUAAACCUUGGAGCAACCAUGAGAUUAGGAGUUUCCUACAAGAAUGGGAACUCCUUGAAGAUGAAGAGUUAAAGAAGAAUUAUCACAUAGCAUCAAGAAUAAUUGCCAGGCAUCUCAAGCAAAAGGGCAUAAAUAAGAGCAGGAGAAAAUGUCUCCAGAUGCUAAUAAACAUGCAGGACUUAUAUUGGACCAUUCAUGAAGCCAACCAGAGACCAAGGAGUGAACCCUUGCCAUGUCCUUAUGGAGAGGCCCUUCACAGGAUCCUAGAACACAGAGGGGAGAACAAGGACUUCUCAGGUCCUCCCUGUGCAGAAGUGGCUGAUGUCCCACCACCCGAGUACCAGCCCCCUGCGUGUGCCAUCCCUGAUUGCUUUGAGGAGCUGCUGUGGGCUCCCCCACAUAUGAUCUACAUAGAGGAUCCUCAGGUACCCAGAUGGGAGCCCUGGAACAUGUACCUUCCACAGUCAAGUCCAUGCCUGUUUCCUGCAUUUCUCCCCCUACACCCUGGCCCCCAGCAACAGUGGUCAACUCUCUCUGACACUGAGUCAGAUUGA